ACACAAAGCAAUGUCCGUACUAUCCGGUGUUGGCUCCAUUCUUCCACAGCCGAAGAAGGAGCACAAGAGACGCACUAACGCUCAACUCUCUGCCUCCUUCGCUCUGGCAUUGAACCAUGAUUGGGCAAAAAAUGAGCAGGAAUGCUUCGAGAGGCAACGGGAACAACACGGACGACGACUGCGACGACGACAAGGACCACCGGAACUGGAAUCGAAACCGGACAGCGACGAUGACGACGACGACGACGAGAACAGCGAAAAGAAAGGCAGCAAGUGCCCGGCGGGUUCGGUACGAACAUGCCAAUCAAGGUGCGCGGGCACCGUUCACGCUUGCAAUUGCAACCACGCGAAAGGCCUCCCUGGCGGUCUUCUGCAUCCUCCAGUUCGCGCUUUGGAUCGGCGUUGUGGAUAGGGGGGUUCUCGUUGCCGACGGCUUUGGAAGUCUGUUUGUUGCCAACCACCACCACCACCACAAGACGGUGAACUCCAACACCCUCUUUGGUGGCUCUGCUACGGACAGCCCGCAAACCUCCCGGCACCAUUUCUUCUCCCGGUUUCGGAACGACCAUGUCGCUCGCCACCACGACGAGAGGAUUUGCGCAAGCAGAACGCCCCGCCUGGUGCUGUGGAUGGGGCAAAAGGGAGGAUCCAAGGGGGACAAGCAAAACCGGAAGAAGAAGGCCACAUCGUCCGGGGCAACCGGCGCGUCCUCGCCGCAGCCGUCGUCCAUCCCGGUGCAGCGCGUCUCCAACCAGAUCAACGUGCCGAUACGGAGGCAGAUCCGCUACGGGAAAAUCAACAAGCAACUCCGGGAGGCCGCCGCCACGGGCCAGAGCUUUCGGCAGACCCGGAAGGGAAACUUUGUCCCCGCGGGCCCCGGAACCGCCGGGAACAACGUCAAGCGGACGUCCUACCGGAAGCAGCUCGACGAGGAAACCAUCCAGCAGAAGGCCCUCGAGCGGCAGCGCAAGGGCCAGAAUCCCGAUUGGUCCGUCGUCCUCAACCAAACCAAGGCCGAUCCGCUUGUUCUGGUCGACGGCUACAACGUCAUCUACAAGUGGGCCCGCCUGAAGAAACACAUGGCUCGGGGGGACGUCCAGCACGCCCGCGAAUUGCUCCUGGAAGACCUGGAGGGCUUGGCGUCGCUCCGGCGGUGGCGGAUCGAGUGCGUCUUCGACGGGGCCGGGAGGGGCGGGAUUGCCGGGCCCCUCGGGAGCGGGCCCGGCAACAAGAACGACGGGCUGGGGCUGGGAAAGCAGCCCACGACCGCGCCCUUUGGCAAGGCGGGGACCGUGCGGACGGUCUUCACCGGGAGCGGGAUCGAGGCCGACACCUACAUCGAGGGCCGCUGCGCGGCGGCCAAGAACGUGACGCUCGGGAAAACCACGUCGUCGCUCGUCGUCGCCACGGACGACGCCCAGAUCCGGCUCGUCGCCAACAGCGCGGGGGCCCUCUGCAUGGGAUCGGAUCGCUUCGUCCUCGAGCUCAGGGCGGUCAAGAAAUCGAUGCAAUACCGGGUGGAAAAAGCCAUGGCCGAGGUCAACGGGGUUCCGAUACGGCCCGAAAAACUCUGGGGGACGACGGUGUCCUCGGUGGCGGGCGGCACCGGCAGCAGCUUCCAAGCGUCUACAACGGGAACAGCCGCCAGCUCCGAUGCCUCGAACCGAACCAACAAAACCGCCGCAAAAACGGACAACAACACGGCAACUCCGCAAGGGACGAAGAGGCAAUCGCAACUCCGGCCGAUAUCGGCAGAGAACCGAAUCGGAACAGCCAAGAAAGAAGUCCUAGAGGAACACGCUGAUGGAAGCAAGACCAUCAAGGCCCGAUACGGUGCCAACCACAUCAUCAUAACCGACAACCGCAACAAAAAACCCAAGCAACGAAAGCAGCACAUGGCAACGGGUCGGGGGGGAGAGGGAGAACCGAAAAGGAAGAAGAAGAAAAAGAAAAAGAAGAAAUAACCGAAGAAAGCAACGGAAGGGAGCUAACCACCAUGCGCUAAAAUAGAGUACCUGCGAGACCAUGGUGAUAAUGGGGCAUUCCCCUAUACAUUGAAUCUAUGAUGACAUACUCUAUGAAUUUGUGUACUUGGGAAUAAGUAUGCAACUACAUAGAAUCCUAGGUAUUGAAUUGUGGCAUGCUGCAUGUGCCUCAAUUGGAAUACAGAAAUUUAUUUGACUUUUUUGAUUGGUUCUCACUAGUUAUUGGUGGUAUUCGUGAUCAGAAUUUCAAAUCAAGGAUUCCAAAAAUCUGUGUGCAUACAAACUUUUGGAAGUAGGGAGAAAGCUGUGUAUCUGUGUUGAAAAUACAUACUUUUAUGUACGGACGACUGAAAAUGAAAUGUAAUUACAUCG